AUGGUACCGCAUUCCUCCUUCGAUCAUGAAGAAUCUACGUCGCCUCCUCCACUGGUCCGUACCCCUCUAAGCGCAAGUUCAGUUCACCCACAAGCAUCAUCUUCCACUUAUCCCAACCCUCCCAUCUAUCCUAUGAAUCCAAGUCCACAAAGAUCAUCUCUACCUGCACCUCCUCUAUCAGAUCGUCAAGUCCCAUCGAAGAGCCGGUCGUCGCAUCAUCACAAUGGCGGAAACAAACUCAUGAAAAGUUUGCGUAAGGGUAAAGAGCGAGAGAGGAACCAUCAGACGGUAAGUACGGGAGAUAUAGAAGAGGAUUGGACGUUGGAAGGUAUACCGCCUCCGUCAUCUUAUCAUGGUAUAAAUGGUGCAGGAAGAAGAGCGAGCUCGGAGACUACUCAGACGAUGGGGAGCGAUACGAGAUCGUUUAGAGAGUCGCAAGAGACACUGGAGGUUGAGAGGAAAGAGAAGAAAACUAAAGGUCGUGGUCUAGUCAAGAAAACCUCUAGGUUAUUUGCAAGGGAUAAGGAUAAAGAGAAAGAGAAAUCACCUGAAUACGACCAUCAUCAUCAACAGCUAUCUACCACUCCAUCUUCUUUGAAUCCCAUACCGGCCAGUAGACAGACUUCUUACUCUUCCGUUCAUUCGGGUGAUUCCCAACAUACCACCGGUACCACUCAUUCCUCCAGAAAUGCCAAUCACUUCCCUACACUUACUUGCCCGGUGUCCAAUCAAUCUAGAUCAAGAGCAGCGAGAGAGAAGCAAUCGCACUCUCGUCGUGCUUCGCAAGAUUCCACAGCUUCCUCUUGGAGAGGCAGAUCUAUCAGGUCCGGGUCUUCCCCUCAUGAGCUCACUCCACCUAACGAUAUUGGUGUGCCUAUACCUUCAAGACAAGGAUCCAAUCUCAGUGCAUCUGUGCCGGGGUUAUCAAGAAACUCAUUACCUCAACCUGGCCUUGCCUCAACAAGCUCAGCGCAGCCACCUUCAUCAAGAAGUCCUGAGAAUUUCCCUUCAAGAAUGUCAACCUGGUUCUCACAUCUUCUACCGUCGGCGUCAAAUCCGACAAUUCAAGAAGGAUCGUCUUCGCCGUCUCCUAUCGACUCUCCACCUCCAUUACCUCCCUCACCCCUCCGAAAGCCUCCUUCGGCAGCAGCGAGCUUCCUCAACGCUGCUAGACAAAGAGCAGUCGAUGGUGUGAGGCAUCUACUGGAUACAGAGGCUCAGCCCGAUAAAUGUCAAGAUACAAUCUGGGUGAUGGGUGUAGGACAUUCUGGCUGGCGGCCUUCGACUCCAAGCCGAUCACCUAAUUCUGUUAACUUGCCUGAAUUACAUGAUACCGCCGCAGGAAUAGAAGAACGGAGAGGAUCAGAUGAUUCUGUCAACAAACCUUCUCCACCUUCCAAGAAUGAUUCUGGAGCAUUGCGACCAUCAGCUUGGUCGAGAAAGCAGAAAGAUCAACCGUACAAUAGUACAGGAAACAUAUCUUCGACUCCCCCACAAUCGAAAGGGUUUUCGAAUUUGUUUACAGCUUCGACACUAUCUUUGGCUUUACCAGCUUCCAUGACUAGCGGAUCACCAAGUAAAGAAGGGGGACCGAGUGCUACGGAUAGUCCAGGUAAAGCAAAGAAGGAUAAGAAAGAGAAGGAAGUCUUGAGGUGGCCUGAUCAGUUUUAUGAUGAUUUCAAAUCCGUUGUGUGGUGUACUUAUCGAUCACAAUAUGCUCCAAUCCUAUCCCUACCCAACAACUUACUUAUACCUUCCCCUGAAGCUUAUUACUCAGCUUUCGGUCCUCCUGCUGAUCUAUCGGCGGAACCCAGUACAUCCGGCCUAGCUUCCAGCACAGCUGGCGGUCUCUCUACUAGACCAUCGGGGACAGGAUGGAGUUGGAGUCGAUCGGAGGGCGGUCUAACAAGUGACGCAGGAUGGGGAUGUAUGCUUAGGACUGGACAGAGUAUGUUGGCCAAUGCGCUCAUACAUCUUCAUCUGGGUCGAGAAUGGAGAUUGCCACCGAAACCUUCUUUGCCACCCACCACCUCGUCUGACUUGAAGGACCUAUCGCAGUACGCAGAAUAUGUGAAGAUCUUAUCGUGGUUCCUCGAUGAUCCAUCUCCUCUUUGUCCGUUCAGCGUACAUAGGAUGGCCCUGAUAGGUAAAGAACUGGGCAAGGAAGUUGGGGAAUGGUUUGGACCUAGCACUGCCGCUGGAGCCCUAAAAACUCUCACAAACUCCUUCGCACCUUGUGGACUAGCGGUAUCAACCGCAACAGAUAGUAUAAUAUACAAAUCUGAAGUCUAUCAAGCUUCGAAUUUGCCCUCCACCGGAUGGGAUAUCUCGUCCAGUAAUACUACUUCUGUCACAGAUACGCCAACACAGAGAAGAUCGUCUGCGUCCACAGCGAAAAGUGCGAAUGUCUGGGGUGAUAAAGCUGUUCUUAUUCUGGUUGGUAUACGACUAGGGUUGGAUGGCGUGAACCCGAUCUACUAUGAGAGCAUCAAGACGCUCUUCACAUUCCCUCAAUCAGUUGGUAUCGCAGGCGGUCGACCUUCCUCUUCGUACUACUUUGUCGGUUCCCAAGCCAACUCGCUCUUCUACCUUGAUCCGCACUUCACUCGUCCGGCUAUCCCCCUGGAAAUCGCCCCUGCCCCUACUUCCAUAUCCACAUCAACUUCAAUAACCAAUCUGAGCAAACCCGAAGAAGAGGAACCGGUUGUUGUAGAUCCCUUAGAAGGUAUACCUACCACCGAAGAAGUGAAGUACAAGCUUGAUGUGGUGAAUGUUGAUGAUAUAUCAAGCGGCGACGAAUCCAGCGAUAGUGAUGUCUCUUCAUCACCUUCGGCCAGGGUACGAAAGGCCAAGCGAACUUCGAAGCAAGCUAAGAGAUUGUCAGCGAAAGGUACUACACCCCCUAGACCGAAAUCUACCCAUCCUCAAUCCCAGAAUAAUGAUGGACCAUCCGAGGUACCUGUCUCUCUACCACCACAAGAUCAGGUACCUAGCCAACACCCGCUCGAUGAGUUCCCUGUUGAUCCGGAGACACAGUGGUGGGUCAAUGCGUAUCCUGAGCAAGCCCUACGGACCUUCCAUUGUGAGAAAGUCAAGAAGAUGCCGCUUAGUGGGCUGGAUCCUAGUAUGUUGUUAGGUUUCUUGGUAAGGAACGAGAGUGAUUGGGAGGACUUUGUGGACAGGGCUAGUAAGCUUCCCCAGAAGAUCUUCACUGUUCAGGAUGAACCGCCCUCAUGGGACGUAGAUUCCGAUGCUGGUUUGGAAUCGGUCUCGGAACCUGAUGAACCGAGUUUGGACGAUGAAGAGAUUGAGAAUGUACCGAUUAGCUCUCAUCGACAACCGAUCUCAUCUCCGCAUAUGGGUGACGAGGAGGUUGUACUUUCGAGAGAUACAACUUCAAAAGCUGUUGAUAUAAUCAACGAUAGAACCAAAAAUAUCAAUAUAGAUGCUGAGGAAGAGGACGAAGAAGAUUGGACACUGGGUGGAACACCAUCAAGUCAGAAACCCAUAUUGGUCGAGAGACCUACACCAACAUCUGCGACGUCAAGGCAGGGGAGUUGGCCUAGAACACGGCAGCAAGAGCUAGAGCAAGAGGGAAUACCUGAGGAACAGAUCCUGUUCCCAAGGAAGAAGGAAGAGCCCUCUUCCAUCAAACCUUCUCUGAGCGAGAGCGAUAAUAACGAUGAUGACAAUGUCGAUAUAACGAUCAAGAGUAGACGACCUCUUUUACAAGAACAGAGGAUGAGGACUGAGAGUUGGGUAGAUCCAUCGCCUGUAAGAGGGGAAGCUCCCAAUGGAGAUAAUUUGUUAUAA